UGGCUGUUAGGUUUUGUUGUCUGCCAGUUUCACCCCCUCCCUCUAUGAUCUUCACUAUCUCUGUCUGCAGGAUGAACAGCACUGGCCAGUCAUACCCAUUGGCCUCCCUCUACGUAGGGGACCUGCAUCCUGACGUCACAGAGGCCAUGCUCUACCAGAAGUUCUCUCCUGCUGGGCCCAUCACAUCCAUCCGUGUCUGCCGUGAUGUCAUCACUCGCAGGUCCCUAGGAUACGCAUACAUCAACUUCCAACAACCCGCUGAUGCGGAAUGUGCUCUGGAUACAAUGAACUAUGAGGUCCUCAAGGGUAGGCCUAUCAGAAUAAUGUGGUCUCAGCGUGACCCAGGGCUACGGAAGUCAGGAGUUGGAAACAUUUUUAUCAAGAACAUGGACGAGUCCAUUGACAACAAGGCCCUGUAUGACACAUUCUCAACCUUUGGGAAUAUUCUGUCUUGCAAGGUUGUGUGUGAUGAGAAUGGCUCCAAAGGCUACGGCUUUGUUCACUUUGAAACCCAAGAGGCAGCCAAUCGUGCCAUUGAUACCAUUAAUGGAAUGCUAUUGAAUGACCGGAAAGUUUUUGUUGGCCACUUUAAGUCCCAUAAGGAGCGACAGGCUGAGUUUGGGGCCAAAGCCAUGAAGUUCACCAAUGUGUACAUCAAGAACUUUGGCGAUGACUAUAGUGAUGAGAAACUCCAGGAGGUCUUCUCUGCAUUUGGCAGGACCCUCAGUGUGCGGGUGAUGAUGGACGAAAGGGGCCGGUCUCGUGGAUUUGGCUUUGUAAACUAUGAAAACCACGAGGAUGCACAAAGGGCAGUUGAGGAGAUGAAUGGGAAAGAACUCGUUCCUGGCCGAGUUCUGUAUGUGGGCCGUGCUCAGAAGAGGAUGGAGCGACAGGGGGAGCUGAAACGCAAGUUUGAGCUGAUCAAACAGGAACGUAUCCACCGCUAUCAGGGGGUCAAUUUGUACGUCAAGAACUUGGAUGAUGGGUUGGACGAUGAGAAACUCAGGAAGGAGUUUGCCCCUUAUGGCACCAUCACCAGUGCCAAGGUGAUGACGGACGGGGGCCACAGCAAGGGCUUUGGCUUUGUCUGUUUCUCGUCUCCCGAGGAGGCCACCAAAGCGGUAACUGAGAUGAACGGCCGCAUUGUGGCCACAAAGCCGCUGUACGUGGCUCUGGCCCAGCGCAAGGAGGAGCGGAAGGCCAUCCUCACCAACAAAUACAUGCAGAGGACCAUGCCUGGCCCAGUCAUCGACUCCUACCAGCAGGCAGGCUACUAUAUGUCUGCUGUGCCUCAGCCCCCAAGUCGCACCUUCUACAACCCCAACCCUGUGAGCACCAUGAGGACAUCUCCUCGCUGGGCUGCACAGCCACCCAGACCACAGACACCCUACUCGGGCCAGUUUGUCAGGUCUGCUGUUCCCCGACGCGCCUCCACCCCCAUCAGCACCGUCAGACAGGCCUCCACCCAGGCUCCACGCAUCAUCAACUACACACAGAGGAUGGCUAACAUUGGCACACAGACAGCAGGAGGUCGGGCAGGCAUGUCUGGUGGUAUGGUCCGAGGCACCCAGUAUAAAUACUCAUCAGGGGUGAGGAACUUACAGCAGGUCAUCACUAUGCCCGCACCAAUGGCAGUGCAGCAGGUUGUUACCCAGCAGAUUAUGGAGCCAGCGGUGCAUGUCAGAGGCCAGGAACCCCUCACUGCCUCCAUGCUGGCUUCAGCCCCUCUCAUGGAGCAGAAACAGCUGCUUGGUGAGCGGUUGUACCCUCUGAUCCAUGGCUUUCACCCCAACCUGGCUGGUAAAAUCACUGGGAUGCUGCUGGAGAUUGACAACUCUGAGCUGCUGCACAUGCUGGAGUCACCCGAGUCCCUGCAUUCUAAGGUGGAUGAGGCGGUAGCUGUGCUGCAAGCCCACCAGGCCAAGGAAAACUCUCCUAAGAAGUAGAGAACCCUUUCAGGUUAGGUUAUAAUGAGUUAACAGUAGUUACUAUGCCAAAAUUGACCACACUCGUCAUUUGUGACUGUAAAGCAGCAGUUACUGAAUUUGGAUUUUACAUGUGUUCCAGGACACUGCAAAGAAAUCGCUGAAGGAGGAAAAAGUUAAAAUGAACAAAAAAAUAGUAACAUUUUGUAAAAGGGGGGGGGGAAAGGAAGUUUUGUAAAUGGCACUUUUGAUUCAAAUCUGAGAAUUUAAUUAAAAUGUAUAUCUAUGGGGAAGAAAAGCUGUUUGCAAUGGGUUAUGUUUAUUCUACUUUUUGUUUAAAAAAAAUAUAUAUAUAUUCAAAUAAGAAAAUAAACCCCUGGUGUUUUGUGCAUUG